CGGGUGACGCAGGAACGGAAGUGAGGAACAUGAGGUUCUAGGGCGCGAGGGAAGAGGGUUGCGGGCCGAGGGGGCGUGCACGUGAAUAAGUUGGCCGGAUCUCUGGCAUGGCCGAGGCCAGGAAGCGGCGGGAGCUGCUUCCCCUCAUUUACCAUCAUCUGCUGCAGGCCGGCUACGUCCGCGCGGCGCGGGAAGUGAAGGAGCAGAGCGGCCAGAAGAGUUUCCUGACUCAGCCCAUCACCCUUCUGGACAUCUAUACGCACUGGCAACAGACCUCAGAUCUUGGCCAGAAGCAGAAGGCAAAGGAUGAUGUCACACUGCAAGCCAAGAAGUCCCGGGUGUCAGACCCCAUUAGCAGCUCGGAGAGCUCGGAGGAGAAGGAGGAAGAAGAGGCAGAAACUGCCAAAGCCACCCCAACACCAACAUCUGUCAGUUCUUCAGCCAGGGCUGCAAAUUUGCCAUCAAGCAUGAAAGAAAAGGCAAAGACCAAGACGGCCAACAAGAUGGUGAACUCUGUGAAGCAGCCUGCAUCAGCAAAGGCAGUGGUCCACCUGCUCUCUGGGAACUCACCCAAGAAGUCGGUAGAGCCCUCAGCAAGCACAGUCUUGGCCUCAGAAACUGAGGAGGAAGGCAGUGCCCAAGUCCUCGGAGCCACUGCCAAGCCUGGAAUGGUGUCAACGGGCCAGGUCAGCAGUUCCAGUGAGGAUACCUCCAGCUCAAGUGAUGAGACAGAUGUAGAGGUGAAACCCUCAGUAAAACCAGCCCAGGCCAAAACUUCUCCAGCCCCCGCCAAGGAGCCUCCAGCAAGAACAGCCCCAGGCCCCACCAAGUUAGGGAAUGUGACACCCGUGCUCCAAAAAGGAGCACCUACUACCCCAGGGAGGGCAGCACAGGCGGAAGAGUCUGAGAGCAGUGAGGAGGACUCUGAGGAUGAAGACGAGCCCUCUGCUGGGACGCCCCCCCAGGCAAAGGCCCCUGAAAAAGUUCUUCAUGCCAGAACUGCCUUAGUUUCUGCCAAGGGUAUCUCUGGGAAAGGGCCUAUCUCGGCAUCACCAAGGAAGACUGGGCCCGUAGCCACCCAGACCAAGGCAGGAAGGCCAGAGAAGGAUGUAGAGAGCAGCAGCGAGGACGAUUCGGACAGUGAGGAUAACGUGCCAGUUGCUGUGACCACUCCUCAGGCAAGGCCUUCGGUGAAGAACCUUCAUGUCAAAAGUACCUCAGCCCCUGGCAAGGAGUCCUCCCAGAAAGGGGCUACCCCCGUUACUUCUGGGAAGGCAGGGCCUGUGGCAGCCCAGGCCCAGGCAGGGAAGCCUGAGGACUCAGACAGCAGCAGUGAGGAGUCAGAAAGUGAUAAUGGGAAGAUGCCAGCAGCUGUGACCCUAACCCCAAAUCCUGCCAAGGUGAAACCUGUGGGUUCACAGGUCAGACCUGCUUCCACUGUCAGCCUGGGGUCAUCAGGAAAAGGCGCCGCCCACCGAGCAUGCCCUGUGACAGCAGGGUCAGGAGCUCCCAGGGUCCAAACUGGAAAGGUAGAAGAGGACUCAGAGAGCAGUGAGGAGUCGGACAGUGACGGGACUGUGACCCCAACCAAGGCAAAGCCCUCAGGGACAAGGGCUACCCCUACACUCCCUCAGAAGGCAGGGCCUGUGGCCAGCCAGGUCAAGGUUGAAAAGAGCAAAGAGGACUCAGAGAGCAGUGGGGAGUCGACGGACAGCCAAGAGGCAGCACCGGCAGCUACAGCACAGGCCAAACAAGCUCUGGAAAAGCAGAUGAAGGCUUCCCCUAGGAAAGGCACUGCCAACAUCCCUGCAUCCGCCACGGGAGGGAAGUCUGUGGGGAAGGGCCUCCAAGGGAAAGCUGCCUUGGGACAAAAGAUGUCCCCAGUGCGCCCUGGGAGGACAGAGCCCUCAGUUGCCCAGGCCAGAACAACGGCUCAGGAAAACUCAGAGAGCAGUGAGGAGGAAUCCAGCAGUGAGGAUGAGACCCCAGCACAGGCCAUGCCGAUUGGGAAACAUCCCCCGGCUAAAGCCAACCCACCGCCCACUAAGGCAUCUCCAGCCAAAGGGCCAGUAUCUGUAUCUGGAAAAGUGACCACUAUAGCUGCUCCAGCCAAGGGAAAACCACCUGUGAGUACUGUUCAGAAAAGCGCCAUCUCUGCAAAGGACCAGCAGUCUGUGCUGGCCACGGGAAAAGCAGGGGCCGUAGCAAUCCGAGCACAGACAGCCCCCAUGGCUGGAGCAGGGAAGGACUCAGACAGCAGCAGUGAAGAGGAGUCUGACAGUGAAGAAGAGACACCAGCCCAGAUAAAAGCUGUGGGGAAGACCUCUCAUGUCAGAGCUGCCUUAGCCCCUGCCAAGGAGCCCCUUGGAAAAGCAGCACAUCCAGGAACCCCCAGGAAGACAGGGCCUGCAGCUAUCCAGACCCAGACAGGGAAGACGGAGGAAUCAGAAAGCAGUAGUGAGGAAUCCGACAGUGAUGGGGAGAUGCCAUCAGCCCAGGAUGGUGCCUCCCAAGCUGCCAGAAGCAAAGCCUCAGCCCCAGCACCCCCAGAGAAGAGUGUGGAAGAGUCCUCAGAGAGCAGUGAUGAGGAGGAGCUGCCCUCCGGCCAGGUGAUCAAAUCCUCUCUGAUUUCUGCCAACCCUAAUCGUCCAGCUGGCCCAGCUCCUACCCCCGACCAAGCACAGGCUGUAAACACUUCAAGGAAGGCCCAGGCCUCAGGUGCCGAUGCCCAGAGCUCCUCCUCUGAGAGCGAGGAUGACAACGUGAUUCCUGCCACACAACCCUUCACUCCUGCCAUCAGGACCAUUGUGACUGUGCCCACAGCCCUCCCUCAGACAGCCCCCCAACCCAACAAGAGUGAGCAGUCUAGUCGGAUGCCAAAAGGCAAGAAACCAAAGGCAGCAUCCACUCAGAUCAGUAGUGCUGUGGAAGCACUCCCUGUGUCACCUCCCCAGAGCACAACUGCCCAGUCCAAAGCAACCAACAAGCUCAGAAAACCCAAACUUCCUGAGAAGCAGCAGCUUACUCCAGGCUGCUCCAAAGCCCCCAGGAGCUCAGAUGACAGCAGUGACACCUCUUCAGAGAGUGAGGAGGAUGCCAAGAGACCCAAGAUGGCCAAGUCAGCCCCCAGACUGGACCCAGACCCUUCCCAGAAGGAAACUGUGGUGGAGGAGACACCUGCUGAAUCCAGCGAAGAUGAGUUGGUGGCUCCCUCACAGUCUCUCCUCUCAGGUUAUGUGACCUCCAGGUUGCCUGUGACUAAUUCCCAGCCCUCAAAAGCCACUUCUAAGCCAGACUCCAAACCCUUAGUUUCCUCUGCUCCAGCCACCAAAGAUAACCCAGAUGGCAAGCAGAAAGCAAAAUCCCAACACUUGGCAGACACCACACUUCCUAAAACCGGUAGAAAAGAAGAGUCCUCGCACCCCACGCCUCAGAAGCCCAAGAAACCUAAGAAAAGCACCUUAAGCUUGAUAGCUCCCACACAGACGCCACAAAACAGCAUUACCCAGCGCCUCCUGGAGCAGUCGUGGCCCCUGAGUGAGGCGCAGGUGCAGGCCUCUGUGGUGAAGGUCCUGACAGAACUACUGGAGCAGGAAAGGCAGAAGGCCUCCGAAGCCAUCAAGGAGAGCGGGAAAAAAGGCAAGAAAAGGAAGCUGUCGGGGGACCAGCUAGCAGCUGGUCUCCCAAAGGGCUCGAAGAAAAAGAAGAAGAAGCUAGAUGCUGGAGCAAGUGCCAUUUCCCUAGAAAAUACCUCCAGGACUUCCAAGGCAAAAUCAAAGGUAGACAAAGCAAGUACUGGUGGCAAGGGCAAAGAGGAGAAGCCCGAAAGCGAGCUGAGGAUAAAGGUUGAGAGUGGGGAGCAGAGCAACUCAAAGAGCAAGAAGGAAAAGAAGUCCAGUAAGAAAAAAAAAGACAAGGAAAAAAAGGAAAAGAAAAAAGGAAAGAAGACCUCAGGCAAAGACUCUGACUUACUAGACCAGAAGAAGAAGAAGAAGAAGAAGAAGACAGCUGAGCCUGCUGUGUGAGAGCCUGAACAUUGAAAAGAGUCUUGGCAGAGUGUGACCACCUCCAGGCCCCUGGCCUCUGGCCAGCGUGGGUUGAGACUGGACCUUUUAACUUGUCCUCCCUCAACAGAAGAUAAUGGCCAGCUCCAGCGUGUGCUGCUGGCUAAGCCAGUGACCCUGCAGGGAGGUGGCAGUCCCAGGAGGAGGCGGAAUGAAACACCCCCCUCCCAGUGCUUCAUGAGAUGUGUACAGUAUAUAUAUUUUUUUAAGUGACCUGCCUCUCCCCCUUCAAAUCCUACAUGCCCAGAGGCCGCGGGACCUCUCCGCAAUCCCCUGCAGACCCAGCAACGUCCUGCUUGUGGUUCAUCCCAUACCCUUAUCCAGAGGCCCUAUCAGUUUUCCAGCUGUUUUUGGGUUUGGUUUUUUUAAGAACUCAAAAUAAAACACUUUCAAUGUGAA